CUUGCGCUCCGCCAACUCUUAUUUUGCAACACUACCACUCUGAGAACUCUCUUUAUAACUUCUUGAGGUGCUCUUGGGAGGUGUUCUCAUCAUGGGUACCGGAAAGAAGGAAGCCACUCGUCGAGAGCGGCAGGGGAAGACUGGUGAUGGCAUGGGCAAUGUCAGGACCAAGGGUGAAAAUUUCUACAGAGAUGCGAAGAAGGUGAAGCAUCUGAACAUGCUGAAGGAUGGAAAACCUCGACGCAACGCUGAGGGAAAGAUCACGGUGGCUGCUUCAUACCAGUCUCGAGAUGCCCCGGUUGCUAGAAUCGAACCAAACCGUAAAUGGUUUGGAAACACGAGAGUAAUUUCUCAAGAGGCCCUCUCUUCCUUCCGUGAAGCAGUCGCCGAGCGUGCUUCCGAUCCUUAUUCAGUCUUGCUCAAAACCAACAAGCUUCCCAUGAGCCUUAUCAGAGAUGACAAGGGCGCGAAUGGCUUGAAGCAACAUGAAGCUAAGAUGGCGAUUGAGAAUUCUCCUUUCGGUGAUACCUUUGGUCCCAAGGCUCAGAGAAAGCGUGUCAAGCUGGGUGUUGCCUCUCUGGAGGACCUUGCUGGCGAGACCGUCAAGAUGCACGACGCCUAUGUCGAGAAGACAGACCAUGCUACUCAUGAAGACGGUACCUUGGUUGUCAAUGGCGACGACGUUGCAAAGGAUGAAAACUCGGGCCUGGCAACCACUGCUGUUGAGUCUGUCUUCUCCAAGGGUCAGAGUAAGCGUAUCUGGAACGAACUUUAUAAGGUCAUUGAUUCUUCCGAUGUGGUACUUCACCUUCUCGAUGCACGUGAUCCCGAUGGUACACGUUGUAGGAGUAUCGAAAAGUAUAUCCGUGAGGAGGCUCCUCACAAGCACUUGGUCUUUGUUUUGAAUAAGUGUGAUCUUGUUCCUACUGGUGUCGCGGCUGCUUGGGUGCGCCACUUGUCGAAAGACUAUCCUACUCUAGCAUUCCACGCUUCGAUCACCAACUCUUUCGGCAAGGGUUCUUUGAUCCAACUUCUAAGGCAGUUCUCCUCUCUGCACUCCGACCGGAAACAGAUUUCGGUCGGCCUGAUCGGGUAUCCGAACACUGGAAAAUCUUCUGUCAUCAACACUUUGCGGAAGAAGAAGGUGUGUACUGUGGCCCCCAUUCCUGGGGAGACCAAGGUCUGGCAGUAUGUUACCUUGAUGAAGCGGAUCUACCUCAUCGAUUGUCCGGGCGUGGUACCGGCCAGCUCAAACGCCACCCCCGAAGAUAUUCUUCUUCGAGGUGUCGUUCGAGUGGAGAACGUAGAGAAUCCCGAGCAGUACAUCCCGGCCGUUCUCAAGCGAGUGCAGCCUAAACAUCUGGAGCGCACGUACGGCAUCAAAAACGUGGAUGAUCCCAUUGAAUUUCUCAGUAUUCUUGCACGCAAGGGCGGUCGUCUGCUUCGUGGCGGCGAGCCUGACCUUGAUGGUGUCGCCAAGAUGGUCAUCAAUGACUUCCUGCGAGGAAAGAUUCCCUGGUUCACCCCUCCGCCUCACAAUGCCGGUGGGGAGGACGAGGCGAUCGAAGGCCGUGCUGGUCGGCUCGGAGAAAUGAGUCGGAAGCGCAAGCUUGAUGAGACAACCUCUGAAAAACCAGAUGACUCUAAAGAAGCUUCAAAAGGAAAGACUCCCGAGUCCGACAAUGAUGAGUUCGAGGGCUUUGACAGUGACGACGACGAUGACUCGAUUGCAAACCUUGAAGUCAGCGACGAGGAAAGUGGCGAAGAGAACGACUAGGCAUUCUUUUUGGCGAAACUCUUGUCAAACCCCACCAACGAGCCAGGUACCUCCUAUGCCAUCUGGCAUCGCUCCCGAAGACAUGCACCCCCGGUCGCGUAUGUCGCUCCACAACUCAAAGGCGUAUCCCAAGGUUCUGUCAUACCUUGUCUUUUGAUGGUCAUCGAGAGCCACGUGCCUCACAGCACACAAGGACACGAACUCCUUUCGAGACUGGACCAUCAGCAGGCGCCUCAAGCCUAGCACUGGUUCUAUGUGAAAUCUGCUGGCGUGCCAUCUGGACUGUACAUCAGCAGUGCACGCCAUGGCUCAACUCAGUGAGCAUGGUUCGUCCUGUCGAUCAGAUUCUUGACCAACAUGACGCGCCUUAAAUUAUUUAGAGAUACCCGCUUAGUGUUCACCCGAAGACUUGAAGCAUUCAAUCAAACGACCAUCCUGAAACAAGGUGGUCUGAUUCAGAAGAAGA